AUGCUCUCACGUGUUGCUGCAGUGAAGGCACCCCGCACACACAACCGUCGCCGCGUGACCGGAUCCAGCGGAGGGAGGAGGGAAGGAAGAGAGAGUGAGCGGCAGAGGCCCAACAUGUCCCGGCACCUCUUUUAUUCAGCGGUGCUGCUCCUCCUUGUCGUGAUGAUGUGCUGCGGCACAGGAGGUGUUCACGCGGAGGUGCAGCCAUCUCAAACAAAUUUUGAAUGGAAGGACAUCCCUGAGGAUGCAACUGUGGAAUUGUUGGGUGUUCCCGGCCUUUUGAAAGUGGGGAAUGACGUAUUUGCCGUUGCCGAGGCGCAGUGCAAGAAAGGUGAAGAAACCUUUACUGGCAUUGCAUCCCAACUUCUCACGGAAAGAAGGGAUAACACACCGGAGAAAGUACUAAAUAAUCCCAAAGAUGAGACAAAAUUACUGGAGGAAAGCAUUUCUGAAAAGGUGAAGAAAGUGGAUGUGAGUCGACCAACAACAGUUGUGAAGGGAAGUGAUAUUUACAUGCUUGUUGGAAUCUACAGCAGCAAAUGUGCCGUUACUGGUCAGGCCUCUGCUGCGGCUCAAUGGGGACUUUUGCUAGUGAAAGGAAAGGUCAGUGUUGUGGACAGUAACAAAAGAGUCCAUUGGAACGAUAUUGUGGAUAUUCCAUGCAUUUCUAAUUUCCAACAAGAAGAACCUUUGACAGCACUGAUUGGCAGCGGCGGAUCGGGUGUUACGAUGGAGGAAGAUACGCUUGUGUUCCCAGUGGAAGGAACGAGGAAGCUAAAAAAGGAGGGAGACACAGAAAAGGAUGGAAAGACCGUUUCGCUGAUUAUGUACUCUUCGGAUAAUAAGAACUGGAAGCUCUCGAAGGGGAUGUCUGCCGAUGGCUGCAGCGAUCCCUCCGUCGUGGAGUGGGGGAAGGACAAAAAACUCAUCAUGAUGACUGCGUGUGAUGAUGGCCGCCGCAGGGUGUACGAGUCCGGUGACAAGGGGGACUCGUGGACGGAGGCACUCGGGACACUCUCGCGCGUGUGGGGCAGCAAAAAGGAACGGAUGAAACGUGUUGGGAGCGGGUUCAUCACAGCGAAGAUUGAGGACAGGAAUGUGAUGCUCGUCACUCUGCCGGUAUAUUCAAGUAAGGACGGAGAAGGCAGUGAAAAGGAAAAAGGUAAACUACAUCUUUGGCUGACGGACAAUACGCACAUUGUUGAUAUUGGGCCGGUAUCCGAUGAUGACGCUGCCGCCAGCUCCCUGUUGUACAAAGGCGGUAAAGAUAAGGAGGAGGAGUUGAUUGCACUGUACGAGAAGAAGGCCGAAGGGGAGAAACCAUCACUCGGUAUGGUCUCUGUGCGUCUGACUGCGCAGCUGGAGCGGGUGAAGGAGGUGCUGAAGACGUGGAAGGAUGUAGACAGCCGUUUCUCCCAGCUGUGCACCACUUCACUUGCUCUGAAGGAUCCCUCAGCUGACAAUGCCUGCAGCGCUGAUAAGAUCACGGAUGGGCUGGUUGGCUUUUUGUCCGGCAGUUUCUCUGGUGACACAUGGAAGGACGAGUACCUCGGAGUGAACGCCACAGUAAAUAAAGGAACGGAAUUAACAGAGGCAACCGGGGCCGCAAAGGCGGAAGAUGGCGUGAAGUUCCAGGGAGCGUGGGCGGAGUGGCCCGUUGGCAGGCAGGGGGAGAAUCAGCUGUACCACUUUGCGAACUACAACUUCACUCUUGUGGCGACGGUGUCCAUCGACAAGGUGCCGGAGGGAGAUAACACUAUUCCAGUGAUGGGUGUGCAUCUGGAGGGUAAAGACAAACUUAUGGAGUUGUCGUACGACAGAGAAAAGAAGUGGCGGGUGCUUUGCAGUGACGGCAAGAUCAAGAAGCUCAAAAGUACUUGGGAGACACGGACACAGUACCAAGUCGCCAUUGUGCUACAGAAAGGCACCCAUGGCACCGCGUACGUUGAUGGUCAGCGUGUGUGUGGGGAUGCGCAACGUAACUUAGAUAAUACGGAAUUGAAAGGGAUAUCACACUUCUACAUUGGAGGCGAUGGAGGCGGCGCAAAGAACAAAGAAAGCCGAGAAGCCGUGCCUGUGACUGUGAAGAACGUCUUUCUGUACAACCGUCCGUUGACUUUUUCAGGUGGGAAUGCCAAUUUGGAAGAGGAUGCCGAUUCACCAUCAGCGGAAGGUGCUUCUCCAUCCGUGUCAGGGGAUAAAAAAACGCCUCCUGCAGGUAAACCUUCUGAAGAUCCAGUGGUGCAAGCGACCUCGCAGCAGCCUCAACAAGAAAUUAAAGCAGAGCAAAUGACAACGGUGGGAAAAUCUGCCACUACACAAGACGUGCCGGCGAAUACAUCGCAGGGAAGUGUGGAGAAGGCGGCGGCUUCGAAGUCUCAUGCCGUUGGAGAAGCAACGGGUGAUGCUGGCACCAUGCGUGGGAGCGGACUGCUGCCAUCGCCGCUGCUUCUGUUGGGACUGUGGGGGUUUGCGGCUCUGUGA